AGUCACCCCCUCCGACAGUGGUUCUGGUGCUGCAUUGCUACCCAUUUAUCAGCUGAGAGAAAAAAUAAAUACUAAAAUAAAAAAAGAAAGAUAGCAAGAGAGAGAAACUAAGACAGAAAGAGAGAGAAAGAGUGGUUGAAAGCGUCCAUUGAAGGUAUAGAGAGAGAGGUUUUGUGAAUUGGUGCUGCUUCGUGUCUGUUUAUUUCCUCGCGAGGUUUGAAUUCCGGAACAGUGAAGAGAAACGGAGGUUCCGAUCCUGCGAUGUGAUAUAUGAGAGAUCUGUGAGGAAAUUGAACUGGAAAAAAAAAAUGGCGACGUCGGAGGUAUCCAUCAAGGGAAAUUCGGUGAACGGAAAAGGAGAUAAUAGUUCUGGUGGCUACACCAACGAUGUUAGGAACGGUUCUGGUGGAGGCGAGGCUCGGAAUUCUUCUUCUUCGUCUUCAUCCGCGAGAGACGCGGAAGCUGCGCUUUACAGGGAGCUGUGGCACGCGUGUGCAGGUCCUCUGGUGACGGUGCCCAGAGAAGGAGAGCGCGUGUUCUACUUUCCUCAAGGACACAUCGAGCAGGUUGAAGCGUCCACAAAUCAGGUAGCGGAACAGCAUAUGCCGGUUUACGAUCUACCACCCAAGAUCCUUUGUCGGGUUAUCAACGUCAUGCUCAAGGCGGAGCCAGACACGGAUGAGGUGUUUGCUCAAGUGACUUUACUUCCUGAGCCAAAUCAAGAUGAGAAUGCGGUGGAGAAAGAGGGUCCUCCGGCGGCGCCUCCUCGGUUUCACGUGCAUUCGUUUUGUAAAACGCUGACGGCGUCUGAUACGAGCACUCACGGUGGGUUUUCGGUGCUGAGGCGACAUGCCGAUGAAUGCCUCCCUCCGCUGGACAUGACGAAGCAGCCACCUACCCAGGAGUUGGUGGCCAAGGAUCUGCACGGGAACGAGUGGCGAUUCAGGCAUAUUUUUCGGGGUCAACCGCGUAGACACUUGCUGCAAAGUGGUUGGAGUGUUUUUGUUAGCUCCAAGAGGCUAGUUGCUGGGGAUGCGUUUAUAUUUUUAAGGGGUGAGAAUGGGGAACUUCGAGUUGGUGUUAGGCGUGCAAUGAGACAACAGGGUAAUGUUCCAUCAUCGGUUAUCUCAAGCCACAGUAUGCAUCUCGGUGUUCUUGCAACUGCUUGGCAUGCCAUAUUGACUGGGACCAUGUUCACUGUGUAUUACAAGCCUAGGACUAGUCCAGCAGAGUUUAUUGUUCCCUAUGAUCAAUACAUGGAGUCUCUCAAAAAUAAUUAUACCAUUGGCAUGCGGUUCAAAAUGAGGUUCGAAGGUGAAGAGGCUCCGGAGCAAAGGUUUACUGGUACCAUUGUUGGAAUUGAAGAUGCUGAUACCAAAAGGUGGCCAAAGUCCAAAUGGAGAAGUCUUAAGGUUAGAUGGGAUGAAACAUCAAACAUACCACGUCCUGAGAGAGUUUCACAAUGGAAGAUAGAGCCUGCUCUUGCACCUCCUGCUCUGAAUCCUCUACCAAUGCCCAGGCCUAAAAGGCCUCGAUCUAAUGUGGUUCCAUCAUCCCCGGAUUCCUCUGUUCUUACUCGUGAAGCUUCAUCUAAAGUCAGCGUAGAUCCUUUGCCAACAAGUGGGUUUCAAAGGGUCUUGCAAGGUCAAGAACUGUCGACCUUGAGAGGUAAUUUUGCUGAAAGCAACGAAUCUGAUACGGUCGAGAAGUCUGCUGUGUGGCCACCUGUUGCAGAUGAUGAAAAGAUUGAUGUUUCUACCUCAAGAAGGUAUGGGUCAGACAGCUGGAUGUCAAUGGGAAGGCAUGAACUAACAUAUCCAGAUCUGCUUUCAGGCUUUGGGACCCAUGGAGAUCAUUCAUCCCAUCCAUCCUUUGUUGAUCAAAAUGGUCCUGUAGCUAAUGUUGGUAGAAAACAUUUGUUGGAUUGUGAAGGCAAACAUAAUGUUCUGAGUCCUUGGUCUGGAGUGCCAUCUAGCCUGUCACUGAAUCUUUUGGACUCAAAUACAAAAGGCUCUGCUCAAGGUGGUGAUACAACUUACCAAGUUCGAGGGAAUUUGAGGUAUAGUAGUGCAUUUGGUGAGUACCCCAUGCUUCAUGGACAUAAAGUUGAGCAUUCACAUGGAAACUUUUUGAUGCCACCACCACCAUCAACUCCAUAUGAGAGUCCUCGUUCAAGAGAACUGUUGCCCAAACCAAUAUCAGGGAAACCUUGUGAGGUUUCAAAACCGAAAGACAGUGACUGUAAGCUAUUUGGCAUCUCACUUCUUAGUAGCCCCAUUGCACCAGAGCCUUCUGUAUCACAAAGAAAUGUCCCAAGUGAGCCAGUUGGUCACAUGCAUACAACAUCACACCAACAGCGUGCAUUUGACAACGAUCAGAAGUCUGAGCAUUCAAGGGGGGGAUCAAAACCAGCUGAUGGUCUGCUGAUUGACGACCAUGAAAAGGUGUUACAAACUUCUCAGACACAUCUGAAAGAUAUUCAAGCAAAAUCUCAUAGUGGUUCUGCUAGAAGUUGCACUAAAGUUCACAAGAAGGGGAUUGCGCUCGGUAGGUCAGUGGACCUCACAAAAUUCAGUGAUUAUGGGGAAUUAAUUGCUGAAUUAGAUCAACUAUUCGAAUUUGGAGGUUUAUUAACUUCUCCACAAAAGGAUUGGCUUAUUGUCUACACUGAUAAUGAGGGAGAUAUGAUGCUUGUUGGUGAUGAUCCGUGGCAGGAAUUUGUUGCAAUGGUUCGCAAAAUUUAUAUCUACCCCAAAGAGGAGAUUCAGAAAAUGAGCCCGGGUACCUUGAGUUCAAAGAAUGAAGAGAAUCAAUCUGCUAGUGAAGGUGCCACAGACACACAAGAAAUCAAGUGUCAGCUCAAUAAUUCAGCUUCAGAUACCUGAUAAUUUGUAGAUUUGAUUUCCAUAGCUUCCAGAUUCCGGACUGGAGUGGAAAGUAGGUGACUGUCAUAAAGCCAUCCAGUUGGAGAAUAUGACCUGAUGAAGAAAAUUCUAAUUCUGAAUCUGACUGCUUUAUCAAGUGACUGCUUGUGUUUGGAAUCUGAAUAUGGAUGGCAUGAAUGAGUAUCCAUCUAAUUUUGGACCGUGUCGUGGAAUUAGUAGUAGUAGUAGUAGUAUAUAUAUAUGCCUUCCCUGUUAUACACUCCUAAUAUAGUAGUAUGUUAUUGUGCCUUGUGCAAGGUGAUAGGGGGUGUAUCGGCCUUGCAUUUUUCAACAAUCCUACCUUGUACAUAGUUUUACUCGCAUCCUUAGUACCCAAACUCGUUAAUGUAAUUAAGUGUCAUAUACAAGGGCGGUUUAUCUGAUUUUAAAUAUGAUUGUCUCUUAUUUUAGUGGGGUAAUUUGUGCCAG